AAUCUAAACCCUGCAACCUAAGCCCUAGCCUCUGCCGCCGCGUCUGUUCAGACAUCAACCACCACCACCACCGCCUCCUACCACCACGCCAAUCUCUUCCUCCGUGAGCAGAAGUGAAGGUAUUUGCCAAUCUCCACGCGUGAGAUGGGGGCAAAGGCAGCAAAGAAGAAAGCUAUGGUGAAGAAGCUGAAGAAGGGUUCAGCUCAAUUAGCUGCUGCUUCUUCGCUCUCCAAUGAUGAAGCUCCUGAUUUUUUGCCAUUGGAAGGUGGCCCAGGGCGGAGGAUUCCGCAAGGUGAAGUAAGGGAAAAUAAAGCUACAGUCUUGUAUAUUGGGAGAAUUCCACAUGGUUUCUAUGAGAAUGAAAUGGAAGGUUUUUUCAAGCAAUUUGGUGCAAUAAAGAGGUUGAGAAUUGCUCGAAACAAGAAGACAGGAAAAUCAAAACAUUUUGGGUUCAUAGAGUUCGAGUCUCCAGAGGUUGCAAAAGUUGUGGCUGACUGUAUGCAUAACUAUCUUUUAUUUGAGCACUUGCUACAAGUUCAUCUCAUUCCUCCAGAACGCGUCCAUCCACGGCUGUGGAAAGGUGUCAACCGCUGGUACAAGCCCUUGGAUUGGGUUAGAGUUGAGCGGAAGCGCCAUGACAAGGAAAGAACGUUGGCAGAGCACAGGAAGUUGGUUGAAGGUAUAAUGAAACGGGACCAGAGAAGGCGGAAGAGGAUUGAAGCAGCUGGUAUUGAUUACGAGUGCCCAGAAAUUGUUGGUGGCAACCAGUCAGCUCCAAAGAAGAUUAGAUUUGACGUAGAGUAGGGCUUUGUGGAGAAUGAGGUGUGCCUUUGCAAGUAUAUUUCAUUCUUUUGAUCGAAAAUGAAGCCUAAGUUUGAGCUUUGAGGUAGGUUGGCUGCUGAAUUUUGGCAUGGUAGAUGCUUAUGCUGAUGGGCGGAAGAUGACUUCUGGCAUAGGAUGGCCCAAGUCGCAAAAUACGGAUGUGGAGUUUUAUGUGUCUCUAUUAAAAUAAGUAUUUUUUGUUUUCAACAAGAGUGUCUUGACAAAUUUAUGUUUCAUGCUGAAGGGACUGAAGUCAGAAUUUUGUAGUUCUAAUUUCGUUGCUACAAGUGAUUACCCCUAUGGUGAUUUUGGUUGCUGAAUUUGAGCACCACGAUUUUGGCAUAGAUUCAUCUCUAUUGACAUUAUUUACAUCUUAUUCACAUA